AUGAUAUUACAACAUACAAUAAAUUCGAUACGGCUGCUGGCAGCCGCUUGUCUUAUACCUUUGAUUACGAUAACAUUUUUAACAGAUACUGUCAAAGGUUCCAAUUCAAAAAGUGAAGAUUGGUCAAAUGCAUAUAACCAACAUUUUUACUCAGACUUAACGGGAACAAUACGGGAAUUAACAUCGAAUGAUAAUAAUGAUUACACAGAUACACGUUUUCAACCUCCACUUGAUACUAAUAAUAAAAAAGCACAACCAAUAGCUGAAGGUUUACUUGUAGCAAGUGCUGACAUAAUUGCUCCUAGUAUAUCUAUAUCACUUAGUAAAGAAACAUCACAUGAACGUCAUAAACGUGAAGGAGUUGUGGAAAAUUCAUCGAUACCUACUGUUUCAUUGCCAUCAAUUAAUACUGAACAAAUAUUGCCUGGAUUAUCAAAUAAUGCCGCCGAUAAUGAACCAAUUAUGAAUGAUGCAGAUUCAAAUUUAUGGGCUCGUGUUUUAUCUUUAUCAACUGUUUUGGAUGGUAGUGGAAACGAACCUGAAACUACAUCAGGAACAGAGGCGACAGAAUCUACACCAGUUGCACCGACAACUAUUGAACUGACUACAAUUGAAACUACUCCCUAUUCAAUAAUAGAAUCUUAUAGUACUGAAGGAGAAUACACUAGUAUUGGUACUGAGCAAACAUCAUUCACUUCCGUAUCAUCAGAGACUGCUACAAUAACUUCAUUCCAAAGUAUACAAACAGAAGAAACGAUUCUCACAGAUACAGCAACACCUAUUACAUCAUCAGCUGUUACAGAAAAUGUAACCGAAACUGUUGUUACAGAAACAAGCCCUGUAAUUGAAACAGAAACUGCAACAACAUCUGAAAUGGUAACUGAAUCAACUACUGAACAACAAAUAGUAACCGUAACCGAAGGAUCAACUGGUGAAGUCUCUUCAACAGAAACAACUCCUGUAACUGAAACAGAAACUGCAGCAACAUCUGAAAUAGUCACUGAAUCAACUACUGAAUCGCAGACAGUUAUUUCAACCGAAGGGCCUACUAUCGUUCAAGUUUCUUCAACAGAAAUAAGUCCUGUAACUGAAACAGAAACAGCAGCAACAUCCGAAAUUGUGACUGAAUCUACUACUGAAUCUCAGACAGUUAUUUCGACCGAAGGGCCUACUAUCGGCCAAGUUUCUUCAACAGAAACAAGUCCUGUAAUUGAAACAGAAACUGCAACAACAUCUGAAAUGGUAACUGAAUCAACUACUGAAUCUCAGACAGUUAUUUCAACCGAAGGGCCUACUAUCGGUCAAGUUUCUUCAACAGAAAUAAGUCCUGUAACUGCAACAGAAACAGCAGCAACAUCUGAAAUGGUGACUGAAUCGACUACUGAACAACAAAUAGUCACCGUAACCGAAGGAUCUACUGGUGAAGUCUCUUCAACAGAAACAACUUCUGUAAUUGAAACAGAAACUGCAGUAACAUCUGAAAUGGUGACUGAAUCGACUACUGAACAACAAAUAGUCACCGUAACCGAAGGAUCUACUGGUGAAGCUUCUUCAACAGAAACAAGUCCUGUAACUGAAACAGAAACUGCAGCAACAUCUGAAAUAGUGACUGAAUCAACUACUGAAUCUCAGACAGUUAUUUCGACCGAAGGGCCUACUAUCGGUCAAGUUUCUUCAACAGAAAUAAGUCCUGUAACUGAAACAGAAACUGCAGCAACAUCCGAAAUGGUGACUGAAUCGACUACUGAACAACAAAUAGUCAUCGUAACCGAAGGAUCUACUGGUGAAGUCUCUUCCACAGAAACAAGUCCUGUCACCGAAACAGAAACUGCAGCAACAUCUGAAAUAGUAACUGAAUCAACUACUGAAUCUCAGACAGUUAUUUCGACCGAAGGACCUACUAUCGUUCAAGUUUCUUCAACAGAAAUAAGUCCUGUAACUGAAACAGAAACAGCAGCAACAUCCGAAAUGGUGACUGAAUCUACUACUGAACAACAAAUAGUCACCAUCACUGAAGGAUCUACUGGUGAAGUUUCUUCAACAGAAACAAGUCCUGUAACUGAAACAGAAACUGCAGCAACAUCUGAAAUAGUGACUGAAUCCACUACUGAAUCGCAAACAGUUAUUUCAACCGAAGGGCCUACUAUCGGUCAAGUUUCUUCAACAGAAACAAGUCCUGUAACUGAAACAGAAACUGCAGCAACAUCUGAAAUAGUGACUGAAUCCAGUACUGAAUCUCAGACAGUUAUUUCAACCGAAGGGCCUACUAUCGGUGAAGUCUCUUCAACAGAAACAACUCCUGUAACUGAAACCGAAACUGCAGCAACAUCCGAAAUGGUGACUGAAUCGACUACUGAACAGCAAAUAGUCACCAUCACUGAAGGAUCUACUGGUGAAGUCUCUUCAAUAGAAACAACCCCUGUAACUGAAACAGAAACUGCAGCAACAUCUGAAAUAUUGACUGAAUCCACUACUGAAUCGCAAACAGUUAUUUCGACCGAAGGAACUACUAUCAGUCAAAUCUCUUCAACAGAAACAAGUCAAGAACAAUCGACAACAGGAGAAACAGAGACAGAAUCGGUUAGUCCAACAGAGGCAUUGGUAACUUUAUCGUCAACUGAAAGUUCUACUAUAACAUCUUCGGAAACUGGAACUGUUUCAAGUAUUUCGGAAAGUACUACCGAAAUAUCCUCACUGGAAACAAUGUCUGUAUCUGCUGCAAGUAUUUCAGAAAUAACCACUCAAGCACCAACUGAAACGGAGGCAGCAACUGUUUCUAUUGAAACAACAACUAUUUCCGAAAUAGAAUCCAGUAUAACUUCAACUACUCCUGUUCAAAGCACAAGUGAAACAUCUUUAUCGAUUACAACUACCGAAGGAAUGGAAACAAUGUCUACGUCUGAAUCGGAAUCUACAUUAAGUACAGAAUCAUCAACUGUAUAUCCAUCGAGUACAGUCAGUCAAUCGUCAGUGGAGACUUCAGAAUCCACUACAGAAUCGACUACUCUAACUGUUCAAACCGUUACCGAAAGUAUUUCAUCAACAGAGACGACUGAAACCACUGGAAUAUAUUCAGUGUCUGAAUCUGAAAUGACUUCAUCAUCAUCAACAUUAUCUACGAUUACUAUUACUGAGACUAGCAGCUCGGCUACUCUUUCAACUGAGCUAGUAACUGAAGCGAUUUUGACAUCCGAAACAAGUUCAUCAUCAUCAUCGACUACAUUAAGCUCUGAGAGUUCUGCUCAAACCUUGGAAAGCACUGAAAGAACAAGCUUAGCUACAGAAACAGAAUCCGAAACAUCAUCAACGGCAACAACAACUGAAACUGGUACUUUUACUGAAUCUACAAUUACAGCAAGCUCUACUGAAAUAACAACUGAAAGUCCUGAAAAUCCUACAUCAUUUUUUCUUUAUUUUAACUAUAUAUCUUCCGGUUCACGAUUUCGUCGAGCGAUUCCUAUUGACUCACCACGAUCAUCUACUAUUGAAAAUGAAGUAGCUAACAUUUUAUUUGGAAUGAAUAUAACUUGUAACGAUACAUGUAUACGAGUGAGCCAAACUAGUGUAGUACCUCCUGAUGUUGAAUAUUUGGUUCAAUUAAAUGUACCACUCGAUAUUCCGGAACGUAUAGAACUUGUGAAUGGUUUUUUUGCGAAUAAUGUUAGUUUAAAUGAUAGUUAUAGAUUGACUGUAAGAAUAAUUAUGAAUGAUAGAACUGGAGAACUUUUAAAUUUUACAACAUUCACACCAGCAUGUAAAGAAUGUGAAUUUGCUUUUACAGGAAAUUGUACUAGUGAUAAUAAUGGUUGUGUAUGCAACCCCAAUUAUGAAGGACAAUACUGUCGAAAUUUAGUUCAAGCAACAACAAUUUAUUUACCAACAUCCAUCACUAUUUCAACAUUAUCAAGUAUUGCUCCGACUAGUACAAUUAGUACGAUACAAGCUUCAGUCACAUUAACAACAUCGACUAUAACAGAGAGCGAACUCUCUACCAGUUAUUCGACAUUCACUCCCGUCACUAUAACUACUGAAACAGGCGGUACAGAAACAGAAUCAAUAACUACAACAAGUCUUUCAACUGAAAGUGUACUAACUUCAGAAAGUAUGACAUCAGAAACAUUCUUAAGUACAAGUUCAAUAGUCACUAACACUUUAUCCUCGAGUACAACGACAGAGUCAAUAACACAAGAACAGACUAUUGAAGCGACAACAACAGUAUCAGCUGCAACUGUAGAAAUAACAAGUUCACCUGUCUCGAUCACAGCGAGUACAACGACAGAAUCAAUAACACAAGAACAGACUAUUGAAGCGACAACAACAGUAUCAGCUGCAACUGUAGAAAUAACAAGUUCACCUGUCUCAAUCACAACGAGUGCAACGACAGAAUCAAUAACACAAGAACAGACUAUUGAAGCGACAACAACAACUAUUGAAGCGACAACAACAGUAUCAGCUGCAACCGUAGAAAUAACAAGUUCACCUGUCUCGAUCACAGCGAGUACAACGACAGAAUCAAUAACACAAGAACAGACUAUUGAAGCGACAACAACGGUAUCAGCUGCAACCGUCGAAAUAACAAGUUCGCCUGCCUCAAUCACAACGAGUACAACAGCAGCAACUCAAACAUAUGAAAGUACAACAUUAACUAUGACGGCAGAAACUGCUGGAUCAACAAUAACACAAACGACAGAAGCCAUAUCUUCAACAGAGGUUACAGUAACACAAGUUACUGGUUCAACUACAAUAGAAACUAUUAGCACAAGAAUCACUCCGACAACCAUCAUAACAACAGAAAUGGAAACAGUAGCAAGUACAACAUCAACAGAAACAUCAUCUAUACAAAGUGCAACAUCCACUCCCAUAACCUUGUCAACAGCAGAAACACAAACAGGUCAAAGUACAACAAUUGUCAGUUCAAGUACUGCAACUACAACUCCUAGCUCUAUUCAGACAGAAACAGUUGAAAUAACAACGGCAGGCAUAGGAACGACCGUGUCAACAUCCACGCCCAUGACUGUGAUAACAACAACAACAGUAACAGAGAUAGUUUCAACGUUAACUGUCAGUGAAGGAACAGCAAGCUCGAGUAAUGUACCGACAAGUGUUACAGCAAUAGAAACAACUGUAAUUAGCAGUCCAACAACAGUGACAGUCGAAAUUUCGACUUUGAUGGUGACUACAGAAACAACUAGCUCCAUAACUAGUACAAGCUCAUUUACUACUGCAUCAACAAUAGUUAUAGCUACUACAACACAAAUGACUACUAUAACUAGCACAUCAACAACAACGACUAUUUCAACUACUACAACCUCAGCACCACAAGUCUGCAUGUGGACAGAUCGGGUUAUAAUCAGUCCCUGCUCCGCUACAUGUGGAGAAGCGUUUCGAUUGACGAGUCGAUCAUGUGUAAAUUCGAUAACUGGUCAGAAUUGUAGCAGUCUUGCAUGCGGUACCGAAAGUGCAAUACAAAAUGAAUCUUGUUCUGCUUCUCCACCUUGUGAAACUAUUACUGUCAUCCCGAUAACGAGUAUUCGUGAUCCAACCUUGCGAAUGAAUUCUUACGCAUUACCGGAUAGAAUGUAUUUUUUUGAACAACAUUAUAAUCGUAUUUGGGUUACAAAUAAAGGUUACAUCAGUUUCGGUUUACCUUUUUACAGUCGAACAAUGACACGUUUUGCAUUCUUUCAACUAUUCGAUCAGGCAAUUGCAGCUCCAUUUUGGGCUGAUCUUGAUUAUUAUACUAACAAUUCUAGCAUCACAAUUGACUGGUAUAAUUCAUUGAGUGCUAAUCAAACAAAUGCAAAUGUUUAUAAUGCUGUUAUUCAACAGGCAGUAUCUGAAUCAUGUCCAGUACAAAUUUGUUCGACAAAUUUUGCAGCAGUUCGAGUUGUUCGAAUCAGUUGGAAAAAUCUUUAUUCCAGUCCAUCUGCCAUUAGCAGUCCUAUAAGCUUGUCAUUUUCCGCAUAUCUGAUAAACACUUAUGAAGUAGGUUUUUAUAGUUAUCCAAAUCUUCGAUCAUAUCUUGCAUUUGAUUAUACUAAUCUAUCAAGAAAUCUAGGUUAUCUUAAACCUUUUGUUGGUUAUCGUGGAAAAAGUUCUUUGAUUAAAAUUUUUAACGAUCCAUAUUUUUAUCAAAAUGCGUUAUUUCUAACACAAUCUUCACGAAAAACUUUUUAUGUUGGAGGACGUUCGUUAAGUGUAUGUGAAAUAUAUUAUUUACAAGAAACAAAUUCCAACAACUUAAAUCCUUCGAACAAUUUAAAUGAUGUUGUAAAUAAUCCACGAUUUCCAUGUCCAUGUUCAAUUGGUCAAGCAUUCGGCGAUAAUCGUUUUGUUCAAUUAUUUAGUGAAACUCCUUACGAAAGAUCACAAGGUCUUAUUUGUUUUGGACCACGAAUGACUAUUUGGGUUCCUUUUUGGACUUCUACUACAUUUUAUUGGAAACAACUUAGAUCACAAACAUGUUGUUAUAAUCAAUUUAAUGGAGGUUUAAUUACGUAUGGUGAUCUUGCUGGUUCAGUACUCUCCGAUCCAAAUAUACUUUUUCAACCAUAUCCUUGGCUAAAACGAAUUGCCUUCCACGAUCAAUGUUGUUUAUCAAGGAACAUUCGAGCAACUCAAAAUGAGAAUAACUGUCAUUUUUAUUAUCAACUUCAUCCAGCAAGUACUUGUACAGGAUAUCAAACACCUGCUAGGAUCUCUGGUAAUGGCGACCCGCAUAUUAGUACAAUUGAUAAUGGACGAUAUACAUGUCAUAUUCAAGGUAUUUAUGUAUUUGCUCGAACAAGUAAUAAUGCUAAUGCAACAGCUCAAUUUAAUCUUAAUAACAGUGGUGUAUUCGAUGAAAAUCUUAUCUAUCCUGAUGAUUUAUUUCAAAUAUCUGUUCGUUCUAUAUCUAUACCAGCAGCUUUACCUUAUAUACAAAUACAAGGUUCUGCUUCGCUAUUUUCUAGUUAUUCAGUUGUUGCUGGAAAUUAUACUUUUAAUAUUAGUAAUAAUAAUGGAAAAUUUGGUUUUGUUGCAAAUAAUGGUUCAUCUAGUUUAUCACUUACAGAAAGUUUAGCAGAUAAUUUAAAUUAUGAUAAUGCAAAUACGAUGAAUUAUAAUGAUCGAUAUUUUUAUCGAGUACAACAAACAGUUGUAUCUCUAGGAAGUAUAACCGUAGCUCAAUUAACAUUUGCUCUUUGGUCUGGUGUUACAAUGCAAUGUCAAAUUGUUAGUGAAAAUCUUGAUUGUAUUUUAUCAUUACCAAGAAAAUAUCGAACAUAUAUUGAAGGUUUAGUUGGUAAUUUUAAUGGAAAUUAUAGUGAUGAUUUAGUUAAUCGACAAACAAAUCAAACAGUUAUUAUAUCAUCUGCGACUAAUAGAACAGCAAUUAGUAAUGAUACAUCAGUUCUUCGAGCUUGUCUUUCAUGGAAAUUAUCUACUGAUACAACGCCGAAUAUGCCAAAUCCAAUUAUGCCUUCGUAUUUAGUUUAUACAUAUUAUAAUCAAUAUGCAAAUACACUUGCAAGUUUAAAUUCACUUCUUAAUCAAUCUGAAAUUGAUCGAACAUGUUCAACAAAUUUUGAAUGUCGUCAUGAUUAUAUAAUUCGAAUUAAUCCAAUAAGUAGUGGUAUAACAGCUUCAUCAUUAAAUUCAUUUCAACAAAUAGGAAUUAUAUUAGCUGAAAUAGUGCCGACUAUCAGUAUAUCUCCAACUAUUCAAAUAGGAAUACCAUAUAAUGAUUUAAAUCGUAUGUAUACAUUACCAAUUACUGUUACUGAUGCAAAAAGUACACUUGUAACUAUUUCUCAAAAUGGUUCCAUGACCAAUAGUAGUUUUAAUGGUGCAUCUAUUAUGAUUCCAAUUCCGAAUAAUUAUACUAGUUUUGUUCAAGUUUUUUUGACUAUUAGUUAUGGCACAAAUUCCACAUUGAUACAGUAUUUGAAUAUCAUCGCUUGUUUAUGUGCGAAUACUAGUUAUUGUAAUUAUGGCGAGACAAGGAGAAUAAAUGAUAAUUAUGAACUUGCUGCAUGUCGUUGUCCCGAUCAAUAUGAGGGAGAUUUUUGUGAAAAUCCAUAUAAUGGUUGCAAUUCGGGUAGUGCAUGUAGAAUUAAUUGGAAUAAUGGAACAAUAUGUAAUCCAUUAAAUGCUACUGAUCAAGUAGCACAAAAUCGUUCGUAUACUUGCAAUGGUACAUGUCAAAAUGGAUAUAGCUCAACUAAUAGUUACACAUGUGAUGAUAUUGAUGAAUGCCAACGGAAUUCAUCUCGAUGUGGAAAUGGUGUAUGUAUUAAUCUUAUUGGAACAUUUACAUGUAAUUGUUCGAAUGGUUAUCGAUUUGAAAAUCAAACAUGUAUUGAUAUCAAUGAAUGCAGAGAACCGAAUGUAGAUGGUACUUUUGGUGUUCGUUGUAAUGUCACUGAUGCUUGUAUAAAUACAAACGGUAAUUAUACAUGUCAAUGUAGUCCUAUUUUUAAUACAACUGGAACUUGUCUUUUUAAUGAAACUCUUUGUAAUGGUGAUACUUGCCGUUUGAAUGGUAUGAUAUUAUGUCUACGUGGUACGAUCGAAGAAAAUAAUACUUGUGUUCCUUGGUGUAAUUCAACAUGUCCUGGUUUUUGUGAAAUGGUGAAUAAUAUUAGUUAUCAAUGUAAUUGUUCGAAAUUUCCUGGUUAUCGACAUUCUGAUGAUGGAAAACAAUGUUUACCAUGUUAUGAGUUAAGUUAUGGUUAUGGUUGUAAUCAAAUAUGUAAUUGUACAUAUGGUGAUUGCAAUCCAAAUGCAACAAGUCCAACUGGAAGUUGUAUCUGUGAUGGAACACAUGAAGGAAUAUUUUGUGAUAGAAGUAUAGACAUGUGUGCACGUAACAACAUAUGUAAUAAUGCUACAGAAGACUGUGUAACAGAUCCUUCAAGUGGAAAUGCUACGUGUAGUUGUAAGAAUGGUUAUCAGAGAAUUACGCCAAUGAGUAAUUGUACAGAUGUCAAUGAAUGUAUUGACCAACUAGAUUUUUGUGUUGACGAUAUUUCACGUUGUAAUAAUACUAUUGGAAAUUAUACAUGUGAUUGUUUAGAUGGUUAUCAGUCUAUUGAUGGUUCAUGUUUCGAUGUAAAUGAAUGUAAUAUGAGUCAGACAAUCUGUUCAAACUAUAGUAAUACAUAUUGUGCUAAUACUCCAGGUUCAUAUGAAUGUCGAUGUAGUUUUAAUUAUUCGUUAGGAGGUGAUUAUACUCAACAAUAUGGAAAUGCUCGAAAUUCAAACAGUUCAUGUUUAUUAACAAAUUAUUCAGCACUUUGUGCAAAUCAAUGUAUGAAACCUGCUAUUUGUAGUUCAACAACAGGUCAAUGUGUAUGUCCAUCAUCGAACUAUAAUCUUGUUGUUUAUGCUUUGAAUGAUACUCAACAAACAUGUCAAUGUCCAGGUCAUCCAUUUGCUUAUUAUAAUGGAACUGACUGUAUUAAUGCAACUGGUCAAACUUGGUUAAUAAUAAAUUUAAUCUAUAAUCCAAGAAGUCGUACCGUAAUUAUCAGAGCACCAAAUUCAACUAGGAUAACAAAUAGAAUAGCCGACUUUUUAUUUAAUAUGAAUAUAACAUGUAAUGGAUCAUGUAUAACUAUAUAUGAUACACAGAGUCUUGUACCGCCAGAACUUCAAAUUAUGGUUACGAUAGACGCUCCAAUGAGUAUUUCACAACGAAUAGAGUUUGCAAAUAAAGUAUUCGAUGAAGAACGUAUCUAUGAUGAUGAUCACACAACACGUUUGAUACAAAUGAUUAUGGAUCCAUCAUCAAAUAGACUGUUUAAUAUCACAAGGCGUCUAGUACCUUGUGAUGAAUGUGAAUUUUCGGAUAGAGGUCGUUGUUAUUCAAAUAACAGCGGUUGUCAAUGUUAUACUGGUUUUGAAGGAGAUUUUUGCCGAAUUGUUUCUGCAACAACUGUUGCUCCAACACCAGUAUUAUCAGAUAGAAAUUGGACAAUUAUUAUUGCCGUUAUCAGUGCUGUAGCUGGUCUUCUAUUAAUAAUUUCUAUUGCUAUGUGUAUAUUUUUUAUCAUAAAACAAAGAAAUAUACCAUCUACAAAGCCAGAAUUACCAUCGACUCGUCAACAAUUUACAAUACCUCGUGCACAUAUUCCAACAAUGGGUACUGGUAACCGAGAUUUAAAUCGUUUAGAUGAUUUUAGUCUUGAUAAUACACAUGAUGAACCAUAUGUUGAUGCAUCAGAUUCAUUACCAUCAAGUACAAAUACAACAUAUAAUACAACAUAUCGUGCAACUGGAAAUCGUCCAGAAGCAGAUUUUGGUAUAUUUGAUGAAUUAGAAAAUCGUAUACCUUUAUCAAAAGGUCAAAUACCACGACCACAAAUGGCUAAUAUGAUGGGUACAUUAAAUAGUUUACCAGCUCAUGAACGAUUUGAUGGACCAUUAGGUGAAGCUAGUACAUUUUCGGAUAGUCGAGAACUUGAUGAUAUUGAAUUAGUUACUGAUAUGGUUGAUGACAUGACUAAAGAUGAUGAUAUGGAAGAUGAAUUUGUUGAAGCAUUAAAUCCAAAUUUAGUAAUGCCAAGAUUAGCUCUACAACCAGAAAUGAAAUCAUCUGGAUGGUUUUCAGUAUGUUAA